AGAGAGAGAAAGAGAAAGAGAGGAAAAAAAGGGGGCCGCGCCCUGCCGUGCCCUGUUGCCCCCGGGCCGGCGAGGGGAGGGAAGGCGAGGCCGCCCUCCGCCGUCCCUUCCGCGCGCCCCCGGGCCCGGGCCGCAGCGGCGCGAGCAUGGCGACGGCCGCCGACUCGGCCGUCCCCCCGCAGCCCCCGCGAGACCCGACGGCCGCCGCCAACGGCCCCGGCUCCUCCGGCUCCUCCGGCCCCUCCGGCCCGGGCCAGGCCCGCGGGCGGCACGAGAAGAGCCUGGGGCUCCUCACCGCCAAGUUCGUGUCGCUGCUGCAGGAGGCCAAGGACGGGGUGCUCGACCUCAAGGCGGCCGCAGAUACCUUGGCUGUGAGGCAAAAAAGAAGAAUCUAUGACAUCACAAAUGUUUUGGAAGGAAUUGAUUUAAUUGAAAAAAAGUCAAAAAACAGCAUCCAGUGGAAAGGGGUAGGUGCUGGCUGUAAUACCAAGGAAGUGAUAGACAGACUGAGAUAUCUCAAGGCAGAAAUUGAAGAUCUGGACCUGAAAGAGCGAGAAUUGGAUCAACAAAAAUCCUGGCUCCAGCAAAGCAUCAAAAAUGUUAUGGAUGACUCCACAAACAACAGGUUUUCCUAUGUAACUCAUGAAGAUAUUUGUAAUUGCUUUAAUGGAGACACACUUCUGACUAUUCAAGCACCUUCCGGUACCCAGCUAGAGGUACCAAUUCCUGAAAUGGGUCAGAAUGGACAAAAGAAAUACCAGAUCAAUCUAAAGAGCCAUUCAGGACCAAUCCAUGUGCUGCUGAUUAACAAAGAAUCCAGCUCCUCUAAGCCCGUGGUUUUUCCUGUUCCCCCGCCUGAUGACCUCACCCAGACUCCCUCUCAACCCCAAACCCCAGCCACUCCUCAGACUCCUAAUGCUGCUUCAAGUGCCCCUGAACACAACCUCUCUCGAGAACGUCUUCGGCAGACACCUGUUUCCAACACACCAUCAGACUGUAACCUGCAGCAGAACAAUGCCACUCCCACAUCCCCCUCUAGCCUGCCAGGGUCAGUGCUGUACACCAAUCUCGCAAUAGAUGUGACCCAAGCAUCAGCCAACGCAAAUGAGCCCCCAUCCCUGCUUCCUUUGGAUGUAAACUGUAUUCUAAAGCCAAAUUCAUUUGACAUUGCAAAGAUGGAUGAUCCUGGAGGAGCUAUUAGUGGUGAUAUCAUUGAUGAAUUAAUGUCUUCUGAUGUGUUUCCUCUUUUACGGCUUUCCCCUACUCCUGCAGAUGACUACAACUUUAACUUGGACGAUAAUGAAGGAGUCUGUGAUCUCUUUGAUGUUCAGAUACUAAAUUAUUAGAUUCUGUGGCAAUUUGGACUGUUAUCUACCUCUAACUCUUAACAUUCUAGCCUUCUUCAGAAGCUAAGUAUUUAAAAUAAUGAAUGUAACAACUUUAGUUCUGACUGACUGAGGAUUUUUCCCUUUUGCUUAUUUAGAUACUUCACAAAACUCCAACCAGAAUAAAAGGGCUUUGUCUCUCUAGGAGGAAAUGUUUUCAGAAUAAAAUUACAUUCAUCUAAAGAGUUCUUAUUCCAAAUCCCUUUACUAUUUUUACAAGUGGGAGAAAAGUUACAUGCUAAAAAAAGACCCAGGCCUCUUGUCACUUAAAUGUUUUAAAUUUUUACUGCCACAAAGCUGUCCAUUUUUAAUUUGCGUCCUUCAGAUGCAAUCUUUGAACUUUCACUGCCACUUAGAGUGAAGGAUAUAAACUGGGAUGUGCCUGUUUCAGUGAACAAAUUUUGUGAAGUGCCUUCUGUUUAGCACUUUAAGUUUCUCACAUUUUGUUGACUUCUGACAUUCCACUUUCCUAGAUUUUAGGAAAGCUUUCUAUGUAGUUUAUAUUAAAAUGUGCCAAUGCCUGUACAUUAACAAGAUUUUUUAAUAAUAAAAUUGUACAAACAGA